AUGGGUACCAGUUUAUUGGAAUAUACUAAUCCGCCUUAUUUAUCCGAUAUCAGUGAAGAACCAAAACAAUUAUUAGAACCUAUAUCAGGUUAUGCUCAUGAAUCACUUUUACCAUUAGAAGAAGCAUGUGAACCACUUCUUAAUAUUGUUCCAAAUUUACCAGUUCAUAUUUGGAUUGCUAAACAAAAUUCAAAAAAUCCCUCUGAUGGUCUUACACAAGAUGAAUCAGCUGCUAUUCGUCUAUAUACAAUGGAAUGGGAUUCUGAUUCUAGCGAACUAAGCGACAGUCUCUAUGUAUAUCUUAAUCGAACUCUCAAACAAGUAGAUCGAAAAAAACUUCGUCCAUGGUUUCGAUACUUAAAAUUAUUUCUUACAGCAUUAGCUAAAAUGCCAGCAGCUCCUCGUCAAACAGUUUGGCGUGGUUUACGUCUAGAUCUUAGUAAAGAUUAUCCACCAGGUGAAAAAAUAACAUGGUGGGCAUUUUCAUCAUGUACAACAUCAUUAAGAGUUCUUGAAUCUGAUUUAUAUUUGGGAAAUGUUGGAACAAGAACUCUCUUUUCAAUUGAAACAAUCAAUGGUCGAACAAUUCGUUCUCAUUCUCAUUUUACUACUGAAGAUGAAAUUUUAUUAUUACCAGGAACAUUUCUUGAAGUUAAAUCUCAAUUGAAUCCAGCACCUGAUUUACAUAUUAUUCAUUUACAACAACAAAUACCACCAUAUGUACUUCUUGAACCACCUUUUGAAGGUGCUGAACUUUUUCCAUUGUCAGAAGUUGCGCAAUCUUUGCUCAAAAACACAGAGCCACAAAACAAAAAUGAUGAUUCUCGGCGUUGGUAUAAGAAUAACAAGAUACGUUUUGGCAUAGGUGCUAUAUUAGCAGUAAUAAUUCUUGCUAUCGUAUUAGGAGCUACAUUAGGUAGUCGAACUAGAACACAAACAGGAACAUCAUCGAUUCCUACUUCUACUACUACUGAAGCAUCACCUUUUUAUGGUGGAUCACCACCUGAUCCAGUUUCUGUUGCAAAUGCAUUCUAUGCAUUCGAUGGAAAUAUGCUAGAUCUUUAUUCUCAUCGUAACGGAGAAGUUGUUGGUGGAUCUGUUAGUUAUGUACAAGGGUAUGUUGCUUAUGGACAAGCUGUUGUUUUAACUCAAUCUAUUCCAACUCUAAUUAGUAUAAAACCUAAUUUUGAUUUGAAUAUAAAUUCAGCUUUUACCAUCGAAGGUUUUUUCAUGUUACGAAAUACUCAAAUGAAUGCGAUUCUUAUUCAGCUUACGCCAUAUAUCUCAUUGAACCUAGUCAAUGGUGUAUUAGUUGCAUCAUUAGGACCAAAUAUUACUUUAGCAGGUACUUCAGUAAUUUCCACCAAUCAAUGGCAUCAUUUUAGUUUUGUAUGUGAUCCAACUCAACAAACAACAACUAUUUAUAUUGAUGGAGCUAUGGAAGCAAUAGGAUCUUCUAUAAAAUCAGAAAUUUCUUCAAAUGAUAGCAAUUCAACUAUUAUAAUUGGUUCUGGAUUCACAGGAUAUAUUGAUCAAUUAUCAAUUUCAUUAAAAGCAAAAUCUCAUCAAGCAGUUUUAUGGGAUGCAACAGUUGCUGCUUAUUAUCCAGUAGAUCUUUCAUGGUUACUUGAUAAAGGACCAAAUGGUAUAAAUACCACUGCUUCAAAUGUUAUUCCUAUCUAUGGUUGGCGAUAUAAUGCUCUAAAUUUUAACAAAUCCGGUGCUUCUUAUGAAGCAAAUGGAUUUACUGUACUUGGAACACCUUAUCAUGCAUUUUCAAUAGCUUUAUGGGUUCGAGCUGAAGCUCAAUCUGGUGUAUUUCUUACUGUAGCUAAUCCUUAUACAUGUUUACUUGUACUUGGAUUUCAAAAUGAUAGUAAUAUUCUUGUUGCUUAUUUACCAAAUGCAACUGCAUCAGGAAGAAGUGUAAAUAUAAUUGGACCACAAAUGCCAAGUAAUGCAUGGGUACAUGUAGCAUUUACAUGGAGUGCUGAAAAUCGAGCAAAACUUUAUACAUCAUCUUAUCUUCAAGCUACUAGUGGCGAGGCAAGUUUACUGAAUAAUGCUCGUGGUGAUCAGAAUAGUUCUCCAAUGACAAUAACACUUGGCACAUAUAAUGGUGCAGCAAAUUG